UUCGGAUGAAACAUUGAUCAGUUUUUAACAUUUUGUUCGUUUUAUUGGUUCUUUGGGGCACUAAUCAGUCUCCACAGAUAGGUUUAGAGUGGAUUAUUAGAAAGUACCAUUUCAGAAACGAUCAAGAAGAGGGAAACGAUGAAGAUCUUCACCUUCACAAACGUCUUGAUGUUUCUCUUCGUGGCUUACAUCAGCCACUCCAUUUAUUCAUUGUACCACGUCUUCCACCCAAAGCACUGCCAACCUGAUCGACAGUGCCUCCACUCUUACUUGAGACAGAACCCAAAGCUUGAGAUAAAGGUUUACACGUCGCAGCAUGAGAAAGUGAGAAGUGAAAGUGAUUUGAACUUGAUAUGGAAGAAUGCAUCCAUAGAUGUGAAUGAUGUGUUUGAAGUGUCCCUGAAUGUCACCCUUCCAAGGAAGACCAGGAAUAAUGGGACACUGUACGCCCAUGUCUUCAUCAGCCCGCAUGGAGAAAGCUCUCUUUCUGGACGAAGGUCAUCCUAUGCAAUCAGCCAGCUUACUACGUAUAUGAUUAGGAAGGCUGACACAUUCAAUCUCAUUGGUGAUAAAUCUUCUCAGAAAAGGCCUCAGGAAACAGGUGAUAAGACCAAAGCGAGACCUGUGACUCACUGGAGGAGUAAACUGCUGAUAAGUGUCAUGACUGACAACAUUCCCAUCGAAAGAUAUGGUAUUCCUGGCCCCAUCUACAAGUUCCUAAAGUUAUCACCAGAUGGUGAUUAUCUACCUAUGCUGUAUAUUGACGACCUCAGCCUAAGAAUUAAGGAUUUGGUUGAGGUUAAGAAAACUGAACCAGAAGUGCCUCUUCAGAUUCGUUAUGCCCCGAUAUCAUUGGGUAGACUCCAGUUGUGGGUUCAGAUCUCCGAGUCAUUUUCGCUGCUGAAAAAGCUUGGUUUUUCUGAUAAAGACACAGAUGAAGUCAAGGGAAUCUUUACUGACACAAACUUUUUACUGCUGAUGUUGACUUUCACUAUUGCUGCAUUUCAUCUCCUGUUUGAUUUCCUUGCCUUUAAAAAUGACAUUCAGUUCUGGAAGGAAAGAGAGACUAUGGUUGGACUGUCUUCUCGGAUGGUUGUGUGGAGAUGUGUAAGCACUAUUGUCAUCUUUUUCUACCUGAUGGAUGAAGAUACAAGUCUGCUUGUUCUCAUUCCUGCGGGUAUCGGGACACUUAUUGAGGUUUGGAAGGUGAAAAAGGCAUUCAAGUUAAAAAUUCUGUGGAGUGGACUCAAACCAUCAUUUGAGUUUGGCCUCACCUCUGACAAAGAAAAGGAGACAGAAGCUUUUGACUCUCAGGCCAUGAAAUAUCUAUCCUAUGUACUCUUUCCAUUAUGCAUCGGAGGUGCCAUUUAUUCUAUGAUGUACACGCCUUUUAAAAGCUGGUAUUCUUGGUGUAUACAUAGUCUUGUGAAUGGUGUGUACGCCUUUGGAUUUUUAUUCAUGCUGCCACAACUGUUUUUAAACUACAAGUUGAAGUCUGUGGCACAUCUACCAUGGCGGGCAUUUAUGUAUAAGGCAUUCAACACUUUCAUUGAUGAUGUGUUUGCGUUCAUUAUCACCAUGCCAACUGCUCACCGUGUAGCUUGUUUCCGUGACGAUUUGGUGUUUGUUAUCUAUCUAUAUCAAAGAUGGUUGUAUCCUGUUGACAAGACCCGGGUGAAUGAAUAUGGUCAGACUUUCGUCAAGGAUGAUUCCAAGGAGAUUAAUAAUGGAGGGCAGUUUGAUGGCAAGAAAAAAACGGAAUAAGACUCGACAACACCUACCUAAAUGAAACAUACGUAGAAAAUAAAAUAAUUGUGAAAUUUAACCAAGGGUGUUUACACUGUUCGGGACAUUUUAUGAUUUUACUGAAGGAGAAGUCUUAAAAAAAAACAGAACCCAACAAUCAUUCCAUAUUCUGUUAUGAAUAUCUACACAUUUUCACUGUGUUUUAUCUAGAAAUCUUAGAAAAUUGGGCAAAAUUUAUCACGAAGCCAACAUUUUACAUUUUACAUUUUACAUAUUCUGUUACUGAACUACACUUUCACAGCAUUUUACAUCAAGAAAUCUUUGAAAUCGCACAAAAAUCAUCACAAAACCCAAUUAUCACAUAUUUUGUUGGUGAUGUACACUUUUUACUGAGGGUUUUAUGCAUUGCUGGACUGAGGGUCAGCUGAAUAAAUGAAUGUGUUGAGGCUGGAGGCAGAUUUGCCUUAUAACAACAUCUUCUCAGAUUGGAUAUUUCAUCUCAAAGUGGUCGGACGUCUUUUAUGCACAGCAGUAGCCUAUUUAUUGAUAAAGUCAAUAUGAGUCGUAGUUCCACCUAUCAUAAAACCCCGUGUUUUUUCAAGACCCGUGUCUUCGCCGUGUGUCAAAAAACCCGGGGCGCACUUACACCUAUCAGUGGUGUUAGAUAAUGGUUAAUAGCCCCGGCGACAGGUGCGCUGUAGGUAGGGAGCUCUCCUGUGUUUCUUUCCCGUUGGAGGGAAAUUUCGCAUGCGCAAUACCGAGGCAACUACACCGCGCCAUCUGUCGCCGGAUCUUAGAACUUGCAAUUGCCGUGUCUAUUCAGAUUCCACCUAUCAAAAAACCUGUGUUGAACACGG